AAUCAUAAACGCAGCAAACGCAAUAAAAAUCCAACCUUGGUGAGGAAAGAUUGAAGCACAGGAGUGCAGGGGAAAGGGAAAGAGGGGGGUGAUGGAGGGAGGGAUUGAGGAGGAGGCGCCGACCGGGCGCGUAACGGGGUCGGAGUCGAGAUGGGUGGACGGAAGCGAGGUGGAUUCCGAUUCGACGCAAUGGUCGUUCAGAGGAGAGGACUGGAGUGCAGGGCCUGUGGGGUUUGGGGAAGAGUCGAGUUCAAGGAGGAGGUUGUGGAAGAAGCCUAAGCGUGUCGACUCGCUUGAUGUCGACGCCAUGGUUAUCGCUGGGUCACAUGAGCAUCACAAGAAGGAUCCUUCAACAUGGAGCACAAUUGCAAUGGCAUUCCAAACUCUUGGAGUAGUGUAUGGCGACAUGGGCACAAGUCCUUUGUAUGUAUUCAGUGCUGUUUUUAGCAAGGUUGCCUUACAAUCGGAAGUAGAUGUGUUGGGAGCGUUGUCAUUAGUUAUCUACACAAUUGCGCUCAUUCCUUUUGCAAAAUAUAUUUUUGUAGUGCUAAAGGCUAAUGAUAAUGGUGAAGGUGGUACUUUUGCAUUAUAUUCACUCAUAUGUAGAUAUGCGAAAGUUAGUCAACUUCCAAAUCAGCAGCGUGCCGAUGAAGAUAUCUCUAGUUUUCGGCUCAAAUUGCCUACGCUUGAGUUGGAAAGAGCUUUACGAAUAAAAGGUUUUUUGGAGAAAAAUUCUUUUUUUAAAACCGUUCUUCUUCUGCUGGUUCUCAUGGGUACUUCUAUGAUUAUUGGUGAUGGUAUUCUUACACCAUCCAUGUCAGUAUUGUCUGCAGUUAGUGGUCUGCAUGGUGCUGUUGCUGGCUUUAAUACAGAUGCUGUAGUACUUCUGUCCAUUAUCAUCCUUGCAGGGUUGUUCAGCAUACAAAGGUUUGGAAGUGGCAAAGUCGGUUUUCUAUUUGCUCCUGCUCUAGCACUUUGGUUCUUUGGUAUUGGAUCAAUUGGGUUGUACAACUUUAUUACCUAUGAUAUUUCUGUUCUGAGAGCUUUGAAUCCAGCUUAUAUAUAUUUCUUCUUUAAGAGAAAUAACUUAAAGGCAUGGUCUUCUCUUGGGGGUGUUGUCUUAUGCAUCACAGGAGCUGAAGCAAUGUUUGCAGAUCUUGGUCAUUUCUCUGUAAAAUCUAUACAGAUUGCAUUCACGUUUGUAGCUCCCUGCCUUUUCUUAGCUUACUUUGGCCAAGCAUAUCUAAUGAAAAAUCCUAAGUCAACCAAAAGAAUCUUCUAUGAUUCUGUUCCAGAGCCUCUUUUCUGGCCCAUUUUUGUCAUAGCUACUCUUGUUUCCAUGAUUGCCAGUCAAGCCAUGAUAUCUGCUACAUUUUCCUGUAUUAAGCAGUCUAUGGCUCGGUGCUUCCACGCGAUGAAGAUUAUACACACCUCUAAGAGAUUUAUGGGUCAGAUAUACAUUCCCAAUAUCAACCUGGUUCUUAAUGAUCAUGGCAUACUCAUUGUUGCCACUUUCAGAAGCACGACCGACAUUGCGAAUGCAUAUGGCAUCGCCGAGGUUCUGGUAAUGAUGGUGAGUACUGCCGCGCUGACACUUGUAAUGCUACUCAUAUGGAAAACCAACAUAUUUCUUGCCCUGAGCUUUCCUGCCAUAUUUGGAACUAUAGAGCUUAUCUACUUAUCUGCAGUUUCAACGAAGGUACAGGGUGGUGGCUUCCACUUGCAUUUGCCCUCAUUUUUCCUCGCUGGUAUGUACAUCUGAACUAUGGAAGUUGCUGAAGUACUUGCUAGCGAGGUUAGGGAGAAAAUCUCCAUGGAUUUCAUCCACUGAACUUGGUUCUUCUCUAGGAACUUGCCUAGAGUUCCAGGAAUUGGACGUUAUAAUGAACUGGUACAGGGCAUCCCUUCUAUGUUUGGCCAACUCCUCAUCACCCUCCCGGCCGUUCACUCUGUAAUCGUGUUUGUCUGCAUCAAGUAUGUUCCUGUUCCAGUUGUUCCUGUAAGCGAAAGAUUUCUUUUUCGGCGAGUUUGCGGGAAAGACUUUUCAUGUUUCGCGUGUGCUCGGUACGGAUACAAAGAUGUAAGGAAGGAAGAUCACCACAUUUUCGAGCAGCGAUAGAAAGCCUUGAGAAAGUUUUUGAGAAGGGAAGCUCGAGAACUUGCUCUUGAAAUGAGUUCAGACGAAACAGAUUUUGAUAGGAUUGUUGUUUCAGGGGACUCAGCAAUUCAAAGCUAUGUCUCUGAGCUCCACAUUCCAUUAAUUUCUCAUAGUAGUGUGGAUGGAGCUAAGGUUUCCAGGAUAGAAGAUGGUUGUUCGUUGCUUCCAUCUAGUUCAUUACCCUCUACUGAAGAUCCACAUUUUGGAAUAUUGAGUCUUUCAGAACUAAGAGAAGCCAAUGAAUCAGGUUUCACAUAUCUGCUUGCUCAGGCCGAUGUGAGAGCAAGAAAGGAUUCUUGGUACAAAGAGCUUGUGAUCAACUACUUCUAUUCAUUCCUGAGAAGAAAUUGUAGAGCUGGUCCUGCAAAUAUGAGUGUGCCCAAUAUGAAUAUUAUUCGUGUCGGCAUGACCUAUAUGGUUUGA